UGACAGAUUUAUUUUAAUUGAAUUUAAAUUUUAUUAAAUUAUCCAAUCAGAUACUAUAAUAGCUACAUUAGUAUCUAAAAGAUAUGAAGCUUGUUAUAAAACGAAUUCGACAAUGAAAAUUUACGACAUAAAAUUUUACCAAUCACAGUUGAUGUAAAAACACAAAUCGACUGUGAUUGGUCAAUUUCUUAUGGUUAAAAGCUUAAAAAGCUUACGUUUUAUACCUUAAAUUCUCAUUGUAGAACACGCUUGAUUCAAAGUGUUAGCAGUGACAUCUUAGUUUGUCUGCUAACUUCAUUCGUAUUAUCAGAUUCAAGAUGGCGGCUGAGUUCAGCAUCAGUGGCGUUGAAAUCAGCUGAGCUACGCCAAUCCACGUUGUUUCUUGAGCUCGCACAUUGUCAGAAAUAUUAUUAAUACUUUAAUUUGACAACACGACUGAGAUAUAAUCCAUGGCAAGUGUUUUAUUGCGAAACGUGGCACGUAUACGCACUGGCAAACAUUUGAAGGAUAUCCGGAUAACCGUGAGAACGAGUAACGAGAGGUACAUCAUGACAGGCCGGGCGAGACUUGAAAAGGUUCUGGAGGAGUUACAAAAGAAUCCCUAUUACGACAAGUAUGCCGAGAAAAUUGCAAAGAUGCAACAAACCAGUCCGGAAGAGUUUCUGCAACGCGUCGACCAGCAGGAGAAGAUGGCUCGUGAGAAGAAAGUUAAACAUGUAACUCCAAAGUAUCAGCCCUCAAAAUCGACGAAAUUCUCGUUUCUGUUCAAAAAUGUUCGAUCAUCGUGGAGCCAAACGAUAAAGAGGCAAUACGUGACGAAUUUAUCUGAAAAUAAAUAUAUUACUACGCCAAUUUUUUAUGUAAAUGCCGGUCCUCAUAUCGGGCACUUGUACAGUGCAAUUCUGGCUGACGCUGUUGCUCGAUACAAUAGCAUGUUUGGCCACAAAACGUUCUUGGCUACUGGCACUGAUGAGCAUGGUAACAAAGUUAAAGCUGCCGCAGCAGCUGCGAGUCUGUCGAACUACGAGUAUUGUACAAACAUUUCGCAGCAAUUCAAGGAAAUGUGCGAUAGGUUCGAAGUGGAUUACUCGCGUUUCAUUAGAACCACAGAAAAGCAACAUUGUGAUGCGGUGCAUCACUUUUGGAGACUGUUAGAAGAGAGAGGUCAUAUCUAUCUAGGAAAUUAUUCGGGAUGGUAUUGCGUUUCGGAUGAAGCGUUUUUGUCCGACAGCGAGUUGGUCGAACAGAAAGAUCCAUCAGGCAAGGUAUUCAAAGUCUCCGCGGACUCGGGGAAUCUGGUGGAAUGGAUGGAGGAGAAAAAUUACAAGUUUCGACUUAGUGCAUUUCAAAACGAUCUCAAGUAUUGGCUGAAAGAUGGUAUAAGCAACGAGUUGAGUUUUAAUUUAAUUUAUCCUCUUGCUUUAAAGCGGUUGUACAUCAUGAAUUUUGGAUUCUUUGUAGAAAACACAGUUAGACCAGCGUUAUAUCACAAAAUGUUGUCUCAGUGGGUGGAGGAAGGCACGUGUUUGCAGGAUUUAAGUAUUUCUAGAGUCAGAAGUAAGGUACCGUGGGCUAUACCUUCCCCCUAUGAUGAGUCUCAAUCGAUAUAUGUGUGGAUGGAUGCUUUAGUAAACUAUCUAACAGCGUUAGGAUAUCCGAAUGAAUCUUUCAAAGAAUUUUGGCCACCUACUAUUCAAAUAAUUGGGAAAGAUAUCUUAAAAUUCCACGGUGUCUAUUGGCCAGCGUUCUUGAUAGCAGCAGGUCUCGAACCUCCGAGGACGUUAUUGUGUCACGCUCAUUGGAUCGUUGAUCGCCAAAAAAUGUCGAAGUCGAAGGGAAACGUAAUAUCGCCGUUUGAAGCCGCAAAUGAUUACACGGAAGAUGGAUUACGAUAUUUUAUCCUAAGGGAGGCAGUGCUGCAGAAUGAUGCAAAUUAUAGUUCAACGAAAAUUAUCAACAUAUUGAAUUCCGAAUUGGCGGAUACAUUGGGCAAUUUGGUCAGUCGCUGCACGGGUAAAACGAUCAAUCCAUCCAGGGAAUUUCCCGACCCGGCAAAAUACUGGAACGUGCUGCAGUCUCAAGUAGCUAAUGAGAUCAGAGAAGCCGCGGAAUCCGCGGGCAGAAAAGCGCGCGAGAACUACGAGGAAUAUAAUUUGCAUCACGUUGUGGACAUAGUCAUGAACAUGCUGCAUUGUGCAAACAGAAUGGUAACGUAUCACGAACCUUGGCAACUGAGGAAACAAGUUGACGAUGCAGAAGCGACGAAGGAGCUUAAAGCGGUGAUAUCGCUCGCUUUGGAAAGCAGUAGAAUAGCUGCUUUAAUAUUGUAUCCAAUUAUACCGCGACUGAGCAGCGGUUUACUUGACUUUUUAAAUAUUCCGAAAGAAAGUCGCACGUGGGCGAAUACCGCGCCCGAAAUCUUCAAUGACGACAGUGCAAGAAAAAGAUGUGUCGAACGUAAUAAUGUAAUAUUAUUUAAGAAAAUAAGAAGUCAAUAAAUAUCUUGAAAUACUAUCUGUUA